GGACCAAUACCUUCGACUACCAUUGAUUUCUGGAAUAUGAUAUGCAAAUACAAUGUAAAAGUAAUUGUCAUGUUAGCUCAGUGCUUCGAAGAUGGAAAGAACAAGUGCAAUGCUUACUGGCCAGAUGGUGAAGAUGUUAAGUUUGGUACUGUCAAAAUUUCUUUGAAAUCCGAGAAGAAAUACACGCACUACACUUUACGACAUCUAGAAGUGGAAUCACUUGACAAAACUAUGACGGUAGUCCAAAUGCAAUACGUCACGUGGCCAGACAAAGGAGUCCCUCGAAACCUCUCAAGUAUUUUAUCGUUGUGGCAAAAGGUUUCUGCUCACAGAAAAGAUAAUGAAUUUUUGGUUGUUCACUGCAGCGCUGGAGUUGGAAGAACGGGAACCUUCAUUGCGAUGAAUUAUUUGAUGAAACAACUGGAAAACGAAGGAAGCGUCGAUAUUUUGGGGUGUAUGAGCCGUUUGCGAGAAGAUAGGCCGCAAAUGAUUCAAACGCUGGAGCAAUACAAGCUCUGUUUCUCGAGCAUUCUCCUCCAUCAUCUGGUUGGCACAACAUCAAUA